CGGAUCCAUGGUACAAAUUUAGGCUUAUUUAAAGAGCCAAAAAGAUCCAGAGAGGUUUCUCUCUUCCUUGCUGCUAUUACUGAAGCUACGGUGAUGUGAUUUGGUUGUUCGUCGGAAAUUUCGUCGGAGAUUCUACAAAACAAAAGUUCAAGUGAAUUGGAAAGAAGAGAAAAGGCAAAUAGUUGUUCUUACAUAGUGCCUUUUAAAGAAUCUGACAAGCCUUUUCGCUUCAACAAAUGGGGGUGAAAGUAGCUACGACGUGUUUUCAAUUGCCGCAGCCGGUGAUCCCUCAUCCUUCUUCUUCCUCACAAGCGCUAGCCUCUGCAAUUUCGUCUCCUUCAUCGAAACGACGGUGCCUCAGUGAAGGAGGAGCUACUACUUUCGUGUGCCGGUACGUGCAGAGACUAGACCGAUCGGCUCUAUUUGGUUCCCCGUCGUCGUCGAAGCUCCGCAGAUCUCGGUCUUACGAGUACCCUAAGUCCGGUGUUCGGACUAUGAGGAGAGCUUGCAGUGCCAGCUUGGACUCCUUCUCGGACGAAGAAUUCUCCAAGAAGAUGCAAGAAUUAGCACUUAGGUUUCAACUCUCCGACGUCGAAGACAAUGAUAACGGCAACAACGCCUCCGUGGAUGAUGAAUCGGAGGUAGCUUCUGAUACAAGAGACAGUCACGACAACAGCUUAGAGUCUUCAGAGUUUAUACAGGCGAGUAUUGAAAUGAAAGCAAAUAGCGUUGAUCUUCCACUUUCACUCCGAAUGAUAAAGAAGAAGAUGCAAUGGCAAGAAGGUUUUGGAGAAGCAGGGGAAUCAGCCUAUUGUUCUGUACAAAAGGCCUUCUCGUCCAUGGUGUUUAUAAUAAGAGAGCUCCAGAGCUACACGUUACAGAUGAGGGAGUUUCUGUUUUAUGAGGAUUUGCAGGGGAUUCUUGGUCGCGUACAGAAGGAAAUGCACGCUUCCUUCGUGUGGCUAUUCCAACAAGUGUUCUCACAUACACCGACUCUCAUGGUGUAUGUGAUGAUUCUACUGGCAAACUUUUCUGUACAUUCCAUGGCGAGUAAUGCUGCCAUCGCAGCUGCUGUACCUCUCACAUCUUAUACUCGAGCAGCGACAACGUUAGUGAUGGAGGAAUUACAGGACCGGAGGAGUCGAAAGUUUGAUUAUUCAGCGAUCAAGUCAUUUUCAGUCUCGUCUUCCGAUGGCAAGAGAACUUCCAUAGGCGGUAACAAUGGCGGUGGUGGCAAGGUCCGUCCUGGAGUCAAUGGCAAUGACGGUGAUGGCAAGUUUGCCAGUUCGGACCAGUACAGAACAAUUGUCCCUGAUGGAGCUUCACAGGUGUCCCCCUCAGGUAAUACAGAGGAAGCAGAGUCCAUUACAGGGCAAGACAGUAGAGAAGAAGAGUUAAAAUUAUGUAAUUCCGUAGUUGAAGAAGCAUCAAGAAUGCAAGCGUCAGGGAAAGAUGAAGCUCUGGAUCACGGGAACAUGCAGAGAUUAGUCUCCCCUGCAAACGCAAAGAUUGAACCAGAUGAUUUUGUGGGUUUCUUCAAAACAGACUUUUUCUAUCGAUCACAGUUGACUCUGGAUCCUAAUAACCCUCUUCUCCUCUCAAAUUAUGCUCAAUUUCUCUUCUCCGUUGCCCAUGAUUACGACAGGGCAGAGGAGUACUUUAAGAAAGCUACAGUUGUAGAACCACCGGACGCGGAGGCAUACAGCAAGUACGCGUUCUUCCUUUGGAAAGCAAAGAGCGAUUUGUGGGCAGCUGAAGAGAGCUUCUUAAAAGCCAUUGAUGCUGAUCCUAACAAUACUUAUUAUCAUGCUGACUAUGCACAGUUUCUAUGGAACACUGGUGCGGAUGACACAUGCUUCCCUCUCAACCCCCCUGAUACCACCCAAGAAGCCUAGAAAACAAUCCAAACCAUGAAGCAACGAAGCGUGUGGCUCCUUGGAACGCCAUUAUCUGGAUUGGCCAUUCAUGGGCAUGCAGACAAGGACCUUGAGCAUUUCUCUUUGAUGACCAAUGAAGGAUUUAAAGUUUUAAACCAGAUGAUAUAACAUUUGUUGGCGUAUUAUCUACUUGUAGCCAAGGUUGUUUUGGUGGAUCUUGGACACAACUAUAAUUGUUGACUCCUGUAAUUGUUGUUCAAUGGUUCUGUUCUUUUUUCCUUUCUCUUCUUUUAGGUGUAAUCACAGUUUUCCUUCCUUAUACGUGAAGGUUAUUAAGUUGAGUUUUGAGAGA